AUGAUCCCUUGGUCCUUACGAGUGCAUAGAUACUCGCGGAUUUCAAUUUGGAUAACGUUUGAACCCCGAACUGAUAUCGCCUGUUGUGUUAUUUCAGGGUUCGGAUCAUAUAGGAUUCGACGGAUCGUAAAUCGGAGCCCCGAAUACUCCGAAAAUGCCAACCCUAGGGCUAGGAUUACAGGAACCGCCGAUUUGUACGAUCGUGAUUUGUUCGACAGUCCGAUCGAGAUCAAACUUUCAGGACCUGGGUCCUAG